AUGUACGAGAUGGACAUGCGACAACAACCUGUGCAGGCUCGGAUGGCAGGCGCAGGUUCGAGGGCCGAUCGCAGGCCACUGGAUCCACCGCCGAUCAUUCGGCUUCGCAUACGCCAGCCCAAGGCCGAUCGUCGCAGUCGGGAGCGCGCUAGCGCCGCAACCUCCGCCGCAGCCACGACGCCGACAGGAGCGCUCGUCUCAGCCAACGACCCCUGGGCCGCUAGACCGAGGGAAUUCAAUCUUCACAGGCCAGGCAAGGGUUUGAAUAGAAAUGGUGGCGAUGACGUCGACCUCGCCACUGACGGGGACGACGAAGCGGUCACGUACACGUCGCCGUCGAUGACCCACACGCUGUUCUGUUUCGCCUCGCUCGUCGGCGCUGACCACGAUAAGGAGCUGUACCAGCUUUCGGGGUCAAGGAGUAUGCACGUCACCGGUUCGGUCGUCUCGUCCCUGUUUCACCUCAAGGACCAGAGCUGUUUCGUCUUUCCCGAUCUGAGCGUGCGGACAGAGGGCAAGUUUCGGUUCAAGAUGAGCUUGUUCGAGAUCAUGGAGUAAGUGAAUGGGUGGAGCGAGCUCGUUUGGAGCCACUUGAUUGAACUGACUGGGCUUUGAAAACGGCUGCAAUCGACAGAGAUGGGGUUAGGUAUUGCACGUCCAUCUUUACGGAUCCAUUCCAAGUUUAUUCGAGCAAGCGGUUCCCCGGCAUGACGAGUGAGUGAAAAUUUUUGUCUCUGCAAACGAGGGUACCCGGAAUCGAGACUUGUGUGUUGGACCGGCUCUGACAUUCAUGAACAUGACCACUUUCUUCUUGCAGAAUCUACCGAGCUAUCGAAAGCAUUUGCAGAACAAGGGCUGCGCCUAAGAAUCCGUCGCCCAGGGGCUAGCGAGCGUGACGAAGAUAAUGACGCCGAGGAUGGGGACGCCGAAAAGAACGGGAGGCUGCACAGCCACAGGCAGUCCUACGCGCAGUACUCGUCUCAAAACGGGCAGUUCGGUCAGCGCUCUGGCGGUUAUCGACACUCUCUGCCCCAUUCAACGCCUUCGCGCAUCACCCCGAGUCCCAUCAACGAAGCAAGGCGGAGGCACUCAUCCCACAACUCUUGGCCCUACCCUGACGACCCCAGCCCCCGGUACGACAGCCAUAGCGUCCCUUACCACAGUCGACCCACCAGCACUGCCGUUCCUUAUGUCUUCCAUCGUACGACGCCUCAUCAGAGUAACACCCCAUCGCCUUCUUCGGGGUCGGCACGCGGCCACUCUCCGUUCGCCCACCAUCCGGGGGCUCCAACCUCUGAACACGCAUAUGCAUCGCAUCGAGCCGCUCUACCUCCGAAUUCCUUCCCUUCCGCUCAUGUCCAAGAUGCCACUGGCUACCCAGCUCACUAUCUCAGCCCUCCUCACUUAUUUGGCCGAACGGGACCGGCACCGACAACAGCGUAUGCACCCAAUCCGAACGAAAGGUUUGGCCCUCGCCCGCUGCAACAGCCGCAGCCACCUCAUCUUUCGUCGCAACCGCCGCACAAGCAGCCGCAUCAACAGCAAGGCUACCUAACACUUGCACCCGCCUUGCCUUACGAUCGUGCGGAUCGGAUACUUGUGUCCCCCCCUCUGGCAUCGGUCACGUUGCCGCCCCUGCGCGGGCAUCGCGCCAUGAUGCAGAUUCGCGAGUUAUCUGGUACUGGCCCCUCGUCGUCGCUACCUCCGUUGUCAGGCAGGCAUGCAUCGUGGUCGAAUGCACCGUCCAAGACCGCCCGUGACUCGCCUCUGAACGGUGACCUGCGGUCCCCCAAGGCGCGCAAGAUCGAGGGCCAUUCUGCCGGCGGGGGCGGAGAGCCGCUUCGCCCGACCGAAGCGGAACGUCGAGAUUCCGGACAUGAACAGAUGCAAGAGGAUCAGGCCCGGACCGACCCUCCUGAGCUUGCCCCGAUCAAGUCAAACAACCAUCUGUCGAGACUAUUGGGCUCCACUGCAAAAGAUGCUAAAGCCGUCGAUUCCGAUGAACCUCUUUUCGUUUGA